AUGAAUCAAAUUUUCAUGUUUUCUUUCUUUCUCUCUUUCAUCUCUCAUGUCUCUGGGGCACCUAUAUAUCUCGAGGAUAACGAAGGCCUGUCUGCAUCUAUAGAAGAUCGACGAACACUUUUGAAUAUAGUAUGGAGCUGCCUUGCGACGAUAUUUGCAUGCACUUGGCUUGCCGUACAUCCCAACGUCCCGGGUCGUAACAUCACCGCAAAGGGGUCCAUUUCCUGCGCUAUUGAACGGGUGAAGAUCAUGACUGUCGCAAUUUUGGCACCAGAGGUUAUCGUUGCAUGGGCGGCAGAGCAGUUUAUGGUAGCCAGGAAGUUGCGCCACGACACGAAUAUACCGAUGGCUCAUGGUUUUUUUCUUAGUAUGGGCGGGUUCUACUAUACCGCAAAAGAGGAUAUCGUUCAUCCAGAACCCGACGCCCAUAAAGCUACAUAUAUACCACCGUCUCCGUCGCCACCACCAUCAGCCCGGGAUGACUUGUCUGAGCAGACCAUGUCAUCCAACGCUCUACUCUCACCAAACGGUACACGUAGUUACGAAACUGUGGAUGUCCCAGGAACACUUGUUGAUAUCUGGGCGCUGGAAGAGGAACCAAGCUUGGUGAACAACCUAAAGGCAAUCAGGUCCGAGACAAUAGAGGACAAAAACAAAGGUGAUGCGCUUUCAAAAAUCGUUUCUAUCUUCCAAAUAUCCUGGUUCAUUGCACAAUGCAUCGGUCGAGCUGUUCAGCAUCUUCCUAUCACGCUCCUUGAAAUGACCGCACUCGCAUUCUCCGGCUUCAGCAUGAUCACUUACUGCUUGUGGUGGUAUAAGCCACUGAAUGUCAAAUAUCAUAUCUCUUUGGACGGGUCAGUCUGGAGUGAAUCCAGACUGACACCAGAAACAAGAAUUCACGAAAAAUCUGCUUCUCCCUCAGCCAAAAACGCUAUGUCUUUCUGGAGCCGUCUUUCGAUGAAACCAGUAAUGAAUGGGCUAUUACAGUUUUUUGGGGGGGCAGCGUUUCUCGUUACUGGGCAGUAUUCUUUUGAAGGGCAUAACACCAUUGGAGAUGGCACCUUUCGAUUUUCCUCUGGCGCCGACCAUGACGAAUGGUCGAAACGCCUUGUGAUCAUAGUUGGUGUAGGAUUCUUAUUGGGGGUCUUCCAUUGCGCGGCUUGGUCAUUCUACUUUCCAUCACACGCUGAAAUGGUACUAUGGCGGUUUUCGUCUCUGGGUGUCGUAAUUGGACUCUUUGCAGUAGGAUUUUUCCCUACUAUACAUAUGAUGGAUGUCCUGGACUGGGAAUUAAAGCUACGACAGUCACUUCCACGUUCAUGGAUAGACUCUUGGUUUCCGAUCGUCUGUGAUGUCCUUGUUUCGUUCAUUUUUUUGGUUGCGGUGGUUGCGUCGGCUUUUGGUGUAGUCGUAUAUAUAAUAGCGCGGAUUACGUUGAUCAUACUUGCUUUCAUGCAGCUACGUUCUCUGCCAUCGUUAGCCUUCCAUACCGUACAAUGGUCCACUUACAUACCUCACAUUUAAUUUUGAUUAUACUUUACGCCUUCCCUGCAGGCCUUGAAGACUUUCCUUAAUAUUAAAUAGUGCUCGAUUCUUU